AUGCUUUUAAAGACUCUUCUCAUCUCUGCCACUGCUGCCCUUGCUGCUCCCAUUGCCUGUGAACAGCCCCAGGAGCACGUGGAGACCAACUCCAACUCCAACUCCAACCCCAAGUACUCUCUGAACGCCAUCAUGCCUGGCCAGGGAGCUGUGGGAAUGAAGGCCCUCCAGGUCCGAGGAGACUCUAUUGUCUACGGACUGACCCAGGGGUUCUCCUACUUCAAGCUGGAGGCUGUUGGCGACAACCUUGUAAACGUCGAGAGCGAGGGGCAGCCUCCCAAGGAGCUAUACGCCGCUGACAACGGAGAGCUUGUCAUCAACGAGCACCCUGCUUCUGUAGGAAAGGGCUACAACGGUGGCUGGGAGUUUGAGGGAGAGAACUCGGUCAAGUCUGUCACCUACUAUGGAGUCAACGAGUGGUACUCCUGCACAUCUGAAGAUGACCCUCUUCACGGUGGCCAGGUCGUCUACGUGAAGAAGGGUGACAAUUAUGCCUGUAAGGACCCCAUUCACUUUACUGUUGCAGCCACCAAGGAGUAA